AUGGACUCAGGCGAUACCCAAUAUGUCUUCAAAGAGACACGAGUAAACCUCGACCCUCCCACGACGUCCUCUGUUGUUACGAUUCGAGUACCCUCAAACUCGAUACAUGGCCGAAGCCAUCGCAAAGCGGCAGGAGAAAACAGUUCGGAGGAUGAGACAUCAUUUCGAGUGAAGAACUUGGCCAGUUCUUCAUCCAUUUACUACCGAAUUUGGCACGACACACCGCGUAGUUUCCUCUGGCGAAUUCUCGAGGAUGGUACACUACUCAGCAUCCGGGCUGUCGAUGUCUGCAAGAAAUCACAGGCCGCCGAUUUCCCUCUCUUCCUGAACUUUCACUUUUCCGUCCCGAUUCAGCCAGGAUGUGUGGCAUUCUCGGAUCACGAAGAGCACGACUCACUCUGCGUCUUUGUUCUCGAUCAGGCAUACCAACUAUACAGCUUCCAUCUCCGACCGGAUCUGUUCAGAAAGAGAUCGGCCAUCGAUGCUGGGAUUUCUGAUUUGGGCAAGGUCCAGGCACCAGCGGGAUUGGGCUUCAAGCACCCACACCGUAUGAUUGCCGUGAACGCGGAGACACUGUUGGUGACGGUGAAUGAUGGAGGAAUGAUCAGGCUGGAUAAAACUAAGACAAAUGAUCAAUGCGAAUAUGGAACAUUGAUGAUGGCCAGAUUCUGGAAAAAGCGAUAUCCUAACCCGAGGAGAAAUCGAAUCCACCACAUGGAGCUCAGCGCUGAGCUCCAUGUGGUGGAAUUCAGAGUUUCGUUCUGGAAGAUAACGGCAAAGGAUGCCUUCAGCGUCAUUGUCGAAGAUAUCUUCCCAAACAACUCUUUGGUCCCAGUUACGCCAUCCUCUUCCGAUGUAUGGACCCUCGCCGACUUCGUUCUAUCCUGUCCCGCCGAGAGCGCUAUCCAACUUUGGACCUUAUGGAAGAACAACAUGACAUACAGGGUGCAGAAGCUCGAAGUGGAUCGUAAGAAUAUCUCACAGAGCUGGGAGGAUAACUGGGAUGGCGUAUAUGCAGACAACUUGAUCCAGGCCGCCGAGGGGUCUGGCCCUUCCGAUCCAACUGAUGUCACCGAGAAGUGGCUUCAACUCAUUUUGAAGCCCGGUCAAUUUACGAAAUCGACCCUCGAGGCAGCAUUGUCUAUUUAUGAGCGAGGCUUUGGAAAAUCAAAGGAUGCCGGAAAGGGUCGAGGGCUCGCCGAGGCGAUCUGCUCGAUAUUGGGAUCGACUGCAACGCUGGAUCGGGGUUCCUCAGGCACGAUGGAAUAUGAGACCUUUCGCGCGUCGAGUGAGGCCCAGUGGUUGAGGUUCUACCGUCUAUUGCUCGAAUUGGAUAAGCAACGAGGAGAAGCACUUGGACUAACCCUCGACCCUCACACAGGCCUGGCUUGGGUUGUCUGCGCUGACUUCCUUUCAGCCAUCCGGGAAUGCAGUAGCCUGGAACGACUAUACUACAACAUAUCCUCACCCGAACAAGACCAGCUGGCUCAAGCGGCCCUGAUUGGAUCGGGCCUGACAUUUGUGGAAGGAUUCCCCGAGUAUUUAACACAAUCUUGUCAAGCCACACUGCGACCUGAGCUGUUUGAAGACUCGUCCAAGACUGAUCUUGAGCGUAUUCAGUAUUUCUCCGACAAGUCUGGCUUCUGGCGGGGAAUUACUGAUGAGGACUGCAACCAAGUUGUCGAUGUCCUCGGUCAAAACUUCAGCACCGUCACGGAUGACCUUUACAUUGACGUGAUGAACCUCAUUUCUGCACCUGAAGAGGCCAAAACCCGUAAUCUGCGCCAUCCUCUCACUGACUUUGGAAAGAAGUUGGUUGUGAAGGCGGUUCAAGACAACAUUGAGUUGCAGUGGAGAGUGUAUUUUAGCCAGUUGAUUCUUCUCGUCCACAUGGAAUUCGAGUUCGACAACGAGGCGGAUAUCCUUCAUAACCGAGUCGACGUCGGCAAUGUAUUCAGACAGCUUAUUGCAGCUCUGCGACGAUUGGAGCUGCUAAAGUGGCUCGCCCAGACCGAAAUCACAUUGCCAAGCGUCCGAGAGAAGAGCGAGAACGGUUCCGUUUCGAGAAAGAUUGUUGAAGAUGCCCAGUGCGUAACGGCACUAGAGGCGAAUGUUGGUCACCUGCUUGGCUUCUCCAAGAAGGGCACACCCCUUGCUACCGACAUUACUGACCUGGUUACCAACCUGUGUGCUCCCGAUAGCGAUAUCGAGGUUUCACCAUCAUUGAUCCAGUGCUUUCUCAUAAAGCGAGAGAGGGCUGAUCUGGCUCUGGAUAUUGCACCUUUCUGUGACCAGAACCCCUUUUCUACAUACGUACAAGGUCGCCUGCAGCUGGCCUUGAAGGACUUUAAUACUGCUGCUAUUUACUUCAGAAAGGCAGCCAUCGGGAUGAGUGAGUCAGCCACUGGUGCUUUGUUGAUGUUAGCUAACGAUGAUUUAGGCACGGAAAACCUCGAAAGUGACCGCCACAGCAGCGGCCUGCUUGACGAUACUGAAUGGAACCUGCUCAACCACGGCCCUGCAAAGUACUACUCGCACGUCGUCGCCUUGUUCGAGAAGCAAAAGGCUUACUCUUACGUGAUCGAGUUUGCUCGUCUCGCUAUGCAAUUCCUUGGCAACAAGCAAGAUGCCAUGUUCACUAAGACUGACAUGCAAAGCCGCUUGUUCAAUGCUGCAGUCGCGACAUCACAAUUUGAGCUCGCCCACACAACACUAGUAUCAAUCAAGGAUCAGGCAAUGAAGAUCUCAAACCUGCGCAAGCUGGUUGACAGAAUGUGUGCGACUUACCACAACAUCGAGCUUGUAUCCAUGCCAUUCCCAGGUCUGCAGCAGGAAGUCGAUGACAUCUUGUCACAGAAGACAAAGGCGACACUUGAUAUUAUAGAAGAUUUCCCCUACCACCAGGUUCUUUACUCAUGGCGAAUCAAGCACAACAACUACCGCGGCGCUGCAUCCGUCGUACUGGACCGAAUUCACAAGCUACGAAGCGCUGGAGAAGGCGACGAGGCCACAGGAGAGGACAUUCUUGAUACUCCGGUGACCAGACAGUACCUCCUGCUCAUCAACGCCCUCAGCUGUGUGGAUUCCAAGCAGGCUUGGAUCUAUGAUGAAGCUCCAGCUGGCUAUGGCCAGAAAGAUGUAGUGAAGCGCAAGGUGGUUUCACUGGCGGAUAUUAGGAAGCAGUACCAAGACGAGCUGGACCGAAUCACGGCGAUUCACAACAACCAGUUCGGCUUUGAGGCGGACGACGUUAUGGAAAUUUCAUGA